GGGAUGUCGCCGCCGCCGCAAGGCAGAGGGUUCGGGUCUGGGUCGCGCUCGGCCGGCGCGGGAAGCGGGACAGCCCGGGGCGCGGCGGCCGCGGCGACAGCGCACUGAGCGCCACCCCACCAUGUCCAGGAAGAAGACCCCCAGGAGCAAGGGGGCCGGCACGCCCGCUGCCAACGGGCCCCGGCCGGCGCGCUCCGGGACUGCGCGCCCGGGCCCCGACGCGCCGCCCAACGGGUCCCUGCAGCCCAGCCGGCCCUCCCUUGGCGGCGGCGACUUCUACGACGUCGCCUUCAAGGUCAUGCUGGUUGGGGAUUCGGGUGUGGGGAAGACCUGCCUCCUCGUGCGCUUCAAGGAUGGCGCUUUCCUGGCGGGGACCUUCAUCUCCACUGUGGGCAUCGACUUCCGGAACAAAGUUCUGGACGUGGAUGGCGUGAAGGUGAAGCUGCAGAUCUGGGACACGGCUGGCCAGGAGCGGUUCCGCAGUGUCACUCACGCCUACUAUCGGGACGCUCAUGCACUGCUGCUGCUCUAUGAUGUCACCAGCAAGGCCUCCUUUGACAACAUCCAGGCCUGGCUGACCGAGAUCCAAGAGUACGCCCAGCACAACGUGGUGCUCAUGCUGCUGGGGAACAAGGUGGACUCUGCCCACGAGCAUAAGGUGAAGAGGGAAGAUGGGGAGAAGUUGGCCAAGGUGAGUCAGGGGAGGGUGGGUGGUGAGGAGGGUGCCCCUGGGCUGUGGAGCCUGGGAUGUCCCCACUAUGCCAGGCCACCACCAGGCUGGCAGCGGCUGUUUGCAGGAGUACGGGCUGCCCUUCAUGGAGACCAGUGCCAAGACAGGCCUCAACGUGGACUUGGCCUUCACGGGGAUAGCAAAGGAGCUGAAGCAGCGCUCCAUGAAGGCUCCCGGCGAGCCCCGCUUCCGGCUGCACGAUUAUGUUAAGAGGGAGGGCCGAGGGGACUCCUGCUGCCGACCCUGAACCUGGCUGAGCUCGAUGCCCAUCUCGGAAGGCUGGAGAGGUCUACAGGCCCUUCUGAGCUUGUCACCCAGUGGCCAACCCCAUGACAUCCAUUUCUAGGACCCCAGCCCGAACCUUGCCCCUUCCUCCUCCCAGCAGCAGACUGUCUUCAGGCUUCAGAGGGGCAGUGGGUCCACAGCCCCCUUCCCUGGCUGUGGCCUUAAUGCCUUGCCCUCGAGUCCGUCUUGUUAACAAGGCCUUCUGCACGGGAGGGGGCGUGGCAACAAGUGUACAGAUAGAGCCACGGCACUCUGCUGCUCCCUACUGGGCACACCCAGCUAUGAGGCUGGGCCACGGGCUGGCGCCACGUGUUCAAAGCCUAACCCCUUAGAAAAGCCAUGUCUUCACUUGCACCCAGCAGCUCAGGCAGAGAAAGGACUUUGGCCCAUGCCUGGGACAGAGGCCUUCACCGCCAAUCACAUUGUGCAUUUGUGUGCCACCUGCUCCCAGCCCACCCAGCAGGAGGCUCCGGUUCACCAAACAUCAACAGGGUCUUCUCAUGUGACCUUGGAGGACACGUGUAGCUCUGUGAUACUGGAACUAGCAUGUGAGAAAUCACUGCAAUGUCAGGAAACUAGAAUUCCAGCCCAGCCUGCUGACCAGGGUUCCAGCUCUGCAGGCCAGGGCAACAGGCCCAGCAGCCCACAGCUGAGGGCUGUGAUGGCCAAGCACGCCCCACCUUGCACUACGGUUAUCAAGUCAGUCUUCUGACUGAAAGCCUGUUUCCAGUCCUAGUGAAUAAAGUUGUGUUUCCUGAA